GUCGAUAUUUCGCAUCUGCCGGCGACCACGCCUCCGUCGGGCGUGAAGGCCAAUUUCGAUCACCCCGAUUCAAUCGCAUAUCAAGUGAUCGCUCUCAGCCUCCCGUUCACGUGUACAGCAACUGUAGUUGUUCUCUUGCGAAUGUACACUCGGAUACUGAUUGUGCGCUCGCCUGGACUCGAUGAUCUAGGCACUACCUGCCAGUCCUUAGCCAGCAACAUCCCACUAAUCCUGAUCGUAGACAUUCCAUACGGCUACGGGAUCCACCUAUGGGACCUCUACAUCCCCAAAAUCAAACACUUCCUCAUCAUCGACCUCCUCGGCCAAGACUUCUACUUCGUGGGCACCUGCUUCGUCAAAGUCUCCAUCCUCCUCUUCUACCUGCGCCUCAACCCAGACAAGACCUUCCGCCGCGUCGCCUUCGCCAUCAUGACCUUCGACGUAGUGUACUCCUUCGUCAGCAUCGUCGUCGCGACAUUCGGCUGCACGCCGAUCGCCGGCGGCUGGGACUUGCUGAUCAAAAGCUCGUGCGUGAACAAGAAGGCGUAUUAUUAUGUCGCGGCGGUGUGUAAUAUCGUCACGGAUUUCGCGACGCUGGGGCUGCCGGUGCGGAUGUGUUUGAGGCUGAAUGUGAGUAGGAGGCAGAGGUGGUUGUUGUUGGGGUUGUUUGGGGUGGGGUCGUUUGCCUGCAUCAUCUCCAUCGUCCGCCUCGUAACAAUGCUCCCCUCCCUCCACAGCAUCGAUUUCACGCGUUACAAGGUCCAAGUCGCUGGAUGGGCCGAAGUGGAAAUAAACACCGGCAUAAUCUGCGCCUGCCUACCCACGCUAAAACCCCUCCUAAACACCGUCUUCCCAACGCACUUCGCG